AUGCACUGCAAUGCAUGCGAAAGAUUGGUGGCGAAAACCAUCUCCAAGUUCAAAGGAGUGGAGAAGUUCACGACGCAGAUGCACAAGCACAAGGUGGUGGUGACGGGCCGGAAUCUGGACCCGCAGAAGCUUCUGAAGAAACUGAGGAAGAAGACGGGGAAGAGAAGGGCGGAGAUUGUGGCGCCGGAGGAUGGUGGUGGUCAGAAAGAGAAGGCUGACGACGGCGGCGGCGGCGGGGAAGGGGCGGUGGAUGGUUCGGGUAUGGAGAUGGUUACUACGACGCCGCCGCCGGCGGGAGUUUUGGUUCCUUAUUAUUAUUAUUAUUAUUGUCAUCCAGAUUACUACUAUUACGUCUGGCCGUGGCGGCAUCCGAGUUAUGAAGUCUAUUUCACGGCUUUUAGCGACGAGAAUGCCAACGCUUGUUUGGUUAUGUAG